GUAUUGGUUGGGCUCUUACAUGGUUGGCUGGUGAACGAUUAUUUAUACGAUCAUUAGCUGCCGCUCAAAAUUUGAUAUAUAUAUUUGCAUCGAUACGAAGACGUUUGGAUUGGGCAAUUAACUGUGAUCACAGUUACAAUGACCAUUUAUGCAUUGAACUGUUACGGAUUAAUGUUUCGCACGGAAAAGGUCAACAUCAGCCGGAUAAUAAUUGGCCAGCACAACAAUUCAACAAAUAUGGAGUUCGACAAUUACCACAUUAUACUAAUCUAUCCAAUUGGGUACCAAACGCAUGGUACUUUGAAGAUCCCAACGUUAUGGGGAAAUUUUCGAUUGAAUUUCCCGUUUUUUCAUUAAGUGUUGCACAUAUUUUAAUUUGGAUAAUAUUAUUUUUAAUUGUAAAAAAGUAA